AUGGCGCAGUUGCCGGGGGGGGCGCAGAUGGGGCGGGAUCAAGGGCCGGCUGCCAACGAGCAACACACGAUGUGGACCCUCAAGCUGCACAGGCGGAGGAUUGCGGUGCUGAAGAAGCGGCGACGGGCAGAGGCGGCAACCGGGGCCCAGCCAGCAGCAGUCGCGCCGCAUCCGGGGGAGACGGACGGGGCGGGGUCUCCUGAUUGUUCCCCCGCGUCGCCCAGUGGGUUCCGCCCCUUGCCGCUGGGCUCGAGCGUCGGGGAUGACUUGGGACACGUUUCGAGCAAGCUUGACCAAUGGACUGUAUCUCUCGGGGGAGCGCUUGCCUCCAACACGGAGGUGUGCGAUUACGUCACGAAAGGCAAGUAUGGCGUGGUUCUGAGCCUCGGAGAGGACCCGGAACCGCCGGUGGUCGACUUCGGCGACGUCGCCACGGUGGUUCCGUCUCCCCGAGAAGGAGGGAGGGGGGGGGGACGCGGACAGCAGCCUCUAGCUGAAAACGGGGAGGACCAAGCGGCCGAGCGACCCUCCGAGUGGGGGGCGACGCAGCACGACGACUCCGUGUGGGGGGCGGGGUGGGGGCAGAACGGACAGCAGACGCUCGGAAACGGCGGGAUGCAAGGGCGAGAGGACCGGGACGAGGAGGAGGAGGACGGCGAAUACCUUCCGCAAGGAUACAACUUUUCGAGAGAACGGCGGGCGGUCAUGCACCCCAAGCAGCAGCAGCAGCAGCAGCAGUCUUCUUCAAGGGGUCGAGGGCAGGACGGCGUCACGGGCAGCACGGGAGGGGCCGCCAAGGUCGAAAGCACCCCCAGCAUAAGCUUCGGUGAUUUCGAGGGACGGGCUGCUCACUGGGAGGACGAAGAAGACGACGAUGACGAUGAGGACGGCACCGGUGGGUCGACCGGCUCGGGCAAGGAUGACGUCGCUUCCGGGCCUGGGGACGCGUUUUCUCCGAGAAAGGGGGACACCCAGAUGGGGGAGGAAGAGGGCGGCGAAGGGGAGGAGGAGGAGGAGGAGGAGGAGGAGGAUGUGGCGAGCGUGGUGCGGACGCUGGAGUUGAACAACUUCAGCAACAGGCGUGUCUUCUUAGAGGACUUACGGCUGAUGCCUAGGGACGAUGCGGGAAGAGCACCCCCCUUCAUCGUGAGGAUAGGCAACGAGCUAGACUCGUCUCUGCGGCACACGCAAGAGGAGGAGGGGGGUCGCAGACGGUACAGCUUGGCACCGGGGACCCACUUGGAGGUGGAGGUGGAGUUCAACCGUCAAAAUCAGGCAGGGUUCUGCGGAAAGUGGCUGACGCUCGCGCUCAGCGUCGUCGAUCCCUCGCCACCGAACCAGCCGCUCCUGCACCUCGUGGAUCGCGUAGAGCGGACGUUCGUGCUUGGAACCAGACUCUUGGCCCAGGCGGUGGACGGCCGUGCCGCGGCGGUCCUCAGCGCCGAGGCGAGGCGUUUCUUGCCGGCCGCUCACCGCGAGUGGUUCAAGAAUCCCGUCAAGGGUGUUGUGGCGACCCCUCGAGCCAACAACCCGUUCUAUCUCCCGCGGCUCAGAUCGUUGGACGUUCUGGAGUUUGAGGUGCCGGAGGCGGUGCAGAAACGGUUUCUGCAGGGCGCGGAGUCGAGAGUGCCGUGGCUGGUGCGCGACCACCGGGAGAUCAUGGCCCUGGCCGGGGUGGAGGUCGGCCCCGGACGGCUGGACGACUACGUCGCGAGGUACUCGGCCCUCAUGUGGCUGGAGGAGAGCCAGAUGUCCUGGGACGUCCACCAGUACGACCUGCACGACGUCAGGGUCACCCUGGACUCGAGCCGCUACCGAGAGGGUGACCCCUCCACCAACAUUGUUGGCAGGGUAGAGGUACCGGGUGUGUUGGAGAGUCGGCCCAGGCUGGCCAUGGGCGACGUCGUCCGACUAAGACCGCCCGCUCAAGCGAAGGCGGGUGCGAAAAAGGUGUCCAAGGCGAACGGGCAGCAUUGGAACGGCGGCGUUGGCGAUGUCGUGAGCGCUGACGGCACCGACGGUUCUCACCAAAAACUGGGAAACGCCCCAGAUUUCGAAGUGCAGGGCUCCGAGCUCUACGCCAAGACCAUCGCGAGGGCCGUCAAGGCCGCGAGGGCCAGCGUACAGGCGGCCGGCGGCGGCGGCCGCCGUAAGAACAAGGAGGAGGCUGCGAUGGACGGGUGGCACUGCCGGUUUCAGCUGGAGCGGCAUGGCUUGCAGCCUCUUCCGGAGAGCUCAUUCGAGUGGGUCAUGCCUUCCACCAACGACUCUCAGAGGACUGCGGUCAGAGACAUCGUCACCGGAGCUCACGGACAGGUACCUUACAUAAUUUUUGGUCCUCCUGGCACCGGCAAGACGUGCACCGUUAUCGAGUCUAUCCUCCAACUCGUCAAGCUCAGACCGGAGUGCCGGAUUCUGGCGGUGGGACCUUCCGACACCUCUGCCGACGUCAUCUGCGAGCGGCUGUCGAGGCACAUGUCUAGGGACCAGCUCGUGCGGAUAAACUGGUGGCAGAGGCUGACGGCUGGCGUUCACCCGAACAUCCUCUCCUACUGCCCGCAGGACAGCAACCGCGGGAUGUUCGUGCCGCCUUCCACAAUCACGCACCAAGUCGUGGUGUGCACCUGCGGGACGGCGGGAAUGCUGAGCGUGCUGGGCGUGGACGAAAAUUACUUCACGCACAUUUUUGUGGACGAGAGCUCCAACGCCAUGGAGACGGAGCUGCUGGUGCCCCUUUCGUACGCGGGUAGAGCGCAGAUUAUCCUCUGCGGCGACCCUCGACAGCUCGGCGCGGCUGUUCGAAGUCCUGCCGCAAGAGCUCUCGGGCUAGAGGUCUCCCUGCAGGAGCGGCUAAUGGAACAGGAGAUGUACUCGAAGCACGCCCAAGCCCCGACGGCACUGUCGAGUGCGACCUCUAACGGAGCGGCUGACGUAAGAUGUAUGACCCAGCUCCUCAACAACUACCGAGCCCACGAGGUCUUGCUGACCCUCCCUAGCGCCAUGUUUUACGGGGGGAGUCUCGUGAGAAGCGCGGAGCGGUCGCAGACGGACAGCAUGCUGACGUGGGAGGAGCUCCCCGAGACGAAGGCCUUCCCGCUGCUCUUCUACGGCAUCCAGGGCAAAGACCUGUCCCCGUUGGACUCCCCUUCGUUCUACAAUCCGAUCGAAUGCUCCAAGGUGAUGGAGAUUAUCCAGGUGCUGCUGGCGAGCCCAAAAGUGCAAGUUUCUACCGGAGACAUCGCCGUCAUCUGCGCGUUCCGCAUGCAGGUGUUGAGGCUCAGGAAGCUGCUCAGGGACAACAACCUUGGAAUCGUCAAUGUUGGCCAGGUGGAAGACUUCCAGGGCGGCGAGAAAAAGAUCGUCAUCAUCAGCACCACCCUGUCCAAGAGACACCGGGUGGAGAAGGAGGGCAAGAUCGGCUUCCUUGGCGACCCCAAGAAGUUCAACGUGGCCCUCACCCGGGCCCAGGCGCUCGCCGUUGUGGUGGGAAACCCCAACCUGCUGGCCGGGGAGGAGUACUGGAAGGAGCUGCUCAUGUUCUGCAAGGAGAACGACGCUAUCCGAGGCUGCGCGUGCCCUGCUCUAGAGGUGGGAGGGAGGGAAGACGAGGCCAGCUUGGUCGACGCUGUGCUCCAGCAGAGCUUGCUGGGGGGGGGAGGGAUGGAUCUCAUGUACCCGGAGCACGGCGACUUCUACGAUCAAGACGACCUGCAAUGGAGGAGAAUACCAGCGGCUACAGCCCUGGUGAAAGGGUUCAGCGUGAUGUCUUCCACACGCGUCAUGGAGUCCAGGGCGUUGGAUCACUACUAUGACCCUGUAUACACGACUCCUUUCGAAGAUAAUGGACUGUACAAGCCCCUUCGACCAGCUAUUAAAGCUGACGGCGGUAACGCUAUCAUUGGGCCCAACAUGACCAAGUAUCUCAAGCGGCCCGUCAUCCCCCAGCUCAAUUCGGUUGCCCCGGAAGUGCUUUUGGCGCCAACCCUCAAUGAGGACCCUAUGGAAGCCCCGUGGGAAGAGCCCGACACAUUCACCAAGGACGUCGGAUCACAGACCAAGUACCGGGAGAGCGAGGCCCAAACCGUGCCGUACAGUCGGGACUUCGUGCUAGAUCCCGAGUCUGAGGAGCCCGAAGUUCUCAUGCUGCAGGGCCUAGUACACGGUGCUGGGCUUCCCGUGGGCAAGCGAGAGGUGGAGAUGCUGACGCAUGCGCGUGCGAAGCGCCUACUAGAAGCUUCGCUUCCUCCCUUCACCGAUGAGGCUUCCCUGGCGUUGAGAAAAAAACUGAUGGAGAAGCAGGAGCUGACAGAGCUUGGUCUAAGGGAACGAGAACUGACCAGGGCUCGAGAUGAACGGCUCAAGAUCCUGAAGAGAGCUAUGCGAGAACGCGACCAGGGAGCUGAGUUUCUCGCGCAGCAGCGCAUAGAGGCCCUGCGGCAAGCAAAGGUGGAGGGGUGCGAGAGGGUAGUGGGUGCGAUACAGGCGUCGAGGAUAAAGGUGUUGAGAAAGCUGACGAAGGCCAGGAAGGCAAUGCCCACACAAGGGCACGAGCAGUCCCAGCGCCGCGACAUCAUACAGGAAUACUCUGAUUUUGGGUCCGGCGUUUACGCUCCUAUCACACGUCUCGGUCGUCGCAUCGACCAAGACAGUGAAAGGUUCGCACUACCGAGCGCCACAAAGUCACUCAGCACCUACCACGGCAUAUCCGCCUUGGAGGCCACCAUGAACCCUGCCCUUACGAGGACCGUCAUCAAAAAGCCCAGCCGGGUCAAGCCAAGGGCCACUACCACGAUCGCCAGGAAGCUGCGCGCGGUGGAGGUCGACCUCGAGAAAACGGCCGCUCUCCUCAAGGCUCGGAAGGGAGCGGCAGCACCGGGAAGUGCAAAGCUGGCGGAGGCCAACCCCAACAACCGAUCAGGAAAGAACGCGCUCGGUACCGAAGGAGCGGUCGACGACGCGACGGCGAUGCCCGCUUGGAGAAACAAGACUUCACGCAAGGAGAGACCACAAACCCCGAGGGUACCGGAUCCACCGGAGGACGAGCAGGAGCACCUGGCGGUGCUCCUGCUGCAGAGGCUUAUCCGAGGCAGGGCGGUCCAGAACGUCAUGUUCGAAGGAAAGGAGCGCCGGAAGGAGCUCAUUCGAGAGUUACGCAUCGCCAAGCAGCUGGAGGACGACAGCGAGCAGGCGAGGAAGGUGCAGGCCAAGGCCAUCGAGGCCAGACGGCACCGGGUGUGCAAGGCCGCCCUCGACAACAUGGCCGGCGAAGCCGUCGGCUCGCUCUUCGCCACCAUGGCCGACAGAGCUAUGGGCAUCGACGUCGAUGGCAAGGGCACCGGCGCCGGUUCUGCUCUCGAAUCACAACACGAGGACAGUCGCGUGGGCGCAGCAACGGCAGGGAGCGGGGGGGUUGGAAGCCACAGCGGGGAAGGAAAUGGGAGCCGUGGAGCCCAAAGCGCUGAGGGGCGAAACGACGGGAGCAAGGGCGAGUCGGAUGCUGUCAAGAACGGGAGCGCUGACGAGGUCGUGGCAGGUGGAGGAGGCGCUGCCGGCGAGAGCGGUUCUGCGAGAGAUAUCGAAGCCGGAGUGUCAAGUACCGCUCGCGACUCCAUCCAAGGAGCUGUGGACACGGCCAUCAGAAGUGUGUCAUCGGACAGAGUCUCCACUCCGAGAGACGACGACGAAACGCCAGCAUCAUGA